UUAGACUGAGAGACCAGAGCUCUUCCCAUUGUCCACGCUGUCCAUGGAUUUUGUUGCUGGGGCCAUUGGAGGAGUCUGCGGUGUUGCUGUGGGCUACCCUCUGGAUACAGUGAAGGUCAGGAUCCAGACUGAGGCCAAGUAUACCAGCAUUUGGCACUGCAUCCGGGACACGUACUGUCAAGAGCGGGUGUGGGGCUUCUACCGGGGCCUCUCACUGCCCGUGUGCACCGUGUCCCUGGUGUCCUCUGUUUCUUUUGGCACCUACCACCACUGCCUGGCUCACAUUUGCCGCUUCCGGUACGGCAGCACUGAUGCCAAGCCCACCAAGGCUGAUAUCACACUUUCAGGAGGCGCCUCUGGCCUUGUCCGGGUGUUCUUGACAUCACCCACAGAGGUGGCCAAGGUCCGCCUACAGACACAGGCACAAGCUCAGACACAGCAGCGGCGGCCCUCAGCCUCCUGGACAUCAGUGGCUCCUGCUUUGUGUCCUGCAACCAAUGCAUGUCUGGAACCAAGGCCCAAGUACCAUGGGCCGCUAAACUGUUUAGUCACAGUGGCCCGCGAAGAGGGGCUUCGGGGGCUCUACAAGGGCAGCUCAGCUCUGCUCCUUCGUGACGGUCACUCUUUUGCUACCUACUUCCUCUCUUAUGCCAUGCUCUGUGAGUGGCUCACCCCAGCUGGCCAUAGCCAGCCAGAUGUCCUAGGUGUGCUGGUGGCUGGCGGAUGUGCGGGGGUCCUGGCCUGGGCCGUGGCCACUCCCAUGGAUGUGAUCAAAUCACGUCUGCAGGCAGACGGGCAGGGCCAGCAGCGCUACCGGGGCCUCCUGCACUGUGUGGUGACCAGCGUGCGGGAGGAGGGCCCCAGGGUGCUCUUCAAAGGGCUGACGCUCAACUGCUGCCGUGCCUUUCCUGUCAAUAUGGUGGUCUUCGUGGCCUAUGAGGCUGUGCUGCGGCUCACUCGGAGACUGUUCACAUAGGGCCACUGGUUGGUAGCAGCCAGCUCACAGCCGCUGGAGGCCAAGGGGAGCAUGGGUGGGCUCAGGACCCCACAGGGCUGUCACUGGAACAGCAGAGGGCCUUCUGUGCAGUGACUUAGGUGAGGCCUGAGCUUGGCCUGCCCAGCUACUACUCACAAAGUCAGGGGCUUGAUCUGCUUGGGGGGGUCAUGAGUCAAGGCUGUGUGGGUCUCCUUGAUGAGGAUGCGCCACUUGGAGUCAUUUGUCACCGAGCAACUGUUCAUUCCUGAGUGUCCUCCCUUGUCCACACCCAUGACCUCAGAGCAUUCUCUCACCAGCCCCAGUUCCACUCAUCUUGUAAUCCACACUCUUCCCUUAAGAGACAAGUGAGGGACCAGACAGCAAGCUGAGCCAUCUGGCUACAGGCUGGGCUUGUUCCCUGUCCCAGGCUGUCCAAGAGGGCCCAGAGUCCUCAUUGGCCCACGAGCUGGUGUGGGGCUUCACUGAGUACGCAUUUAAACUGCUUGCCACAUAAAGACCCUGGAACCUUGGUCAAUAAAUAUUUCUGAGGUUGCUUAGCGAUGUUGCUAUGAUCUGUGCGGUGCUGGCCCUCCAACCUUGUGUUCACCCGGGAUGCCGUGAAACCUGUCAGCUCGUGGUGGGAGAGGCUGUGUGAAGCCCUGGCUAAGAUGGCCUAGAGUUCUUACGUGGGUAGCCAGGUGCCCGUUAUGUAGGGGUCCCUGGGGAAACCUGCACAGUCUUUACUUCUGGGCUGUGUACUUUGUUAUCUGUGUCAUUACCGGGCCAAACUCCUGGAGCACUGUGACAGGGUAGGAAAGUGCGGGGUCCCUUACAAAGGUUUUAUGGGCCAGUGGCUGGGAGGGGAGGGGAGGAGAGGCUAGUGUCUGCUCUUAUGCACACAUGGGAUUUGCUCGUGCUUCAGGCCUCCCUUUCCGGAGACCCUGUGGCUUCCGGUGUUGGGCGUCACUGGGAGUGGAGCUGGCAGCACAGUGUGACCCCACUGGGUCUUCACAGAACAGCCCUGUGGUAAAGCUGACUGAUACCUGCCUCAGCUGGGCAGGUUCAGAUGCCAAGCCUGGCCAGGCAUGCACCAAAUGGUCUCCUGUUUUUCUCUUCCAAUAAAAUUUCAGUUUCUAGAA